AUGGAUCCAGGAUUUCUCGCCAAGAUGAUGGGAGUGACGAGGGGAUUCUUCAACCUCCCGCUGGACGAGAAGCAGAAGUACUCCAACCUGGCGAACGGCAAGGAGUUCAGGAACGAAGGGUAUGGCAACGACAUGGUGCUGUCGGAGGACCAGGUCCUAGACUGGUGCGACAGGCUCUACCUCAUCGUGGAGCCGGAGUCCCGGAUCAUCCGGAGCCUCUGGCCGGCGCAGCCUCCUGCCUUCGCCGACGUCCUGCGCCAGUACACCGCCAGGUGCCGGGAGAUCGCCGGCGUCGUGCUCGCCAACGUCGCCAAACUGCUGGGUCUGCAAGAGGGCCGCUUCGUCGGCAUGAUGGACGAGGGAGUGCAGAAGCCCAACGACGAUGACGGCGUCUGGUACAACGUGCCCAUCGUCCCCAACGCGUUACUCGUCAACGUUGGAGACCUUACAGAGAUCAUGAGCAACGGCUUGUUCAGGAGCCCCAUGCACCGAGCGGUGACGAACGCCGAGAGCGACCGGGUGUCGCUGGCGAUGUUCUUCACGUUGGACACGGAGAAGGAGAUCGAGCCGCUGCCGGAGCUGGUGGACGACAAGAGGCCGAGGCGGUACAGGAAGACGACGACCAAGGAUUAUCUAGCGGUGCUGUUCGAGAGGUUCACUAGAGGGGAACGAGCCUUGGACACGGUGAAGAUCGACCUCAACGACGACUGA